UGUCCAUGUGUCGUUUAGGUUUACGGAACUCUUAUUUUGGGGUUUAGGGAUCCUAUUUGGAGUGUAACGAGAACCAGGGUUUUAAGGAUCCUCCAAAACCUCGUCCAAGGUUUGUGUUGUGUUGGGUGAGAUUUUAUUCUAACAUCGUUUCAUCAAAUGGCUUUUAUGUCUGGAGUUCAGCGUCUGCUUCGCCGCACUCCACUUGUUCAUUCCCACUAUGCUUCUAUUCGUCUCAGCUCAACUCUCACUUCCCCCAAACUUUUCGUAAGCGGUCUUUGUAGACUGACAACAGAUGAAAAACUUAAGGAAGCAUUUUCGUCUUUUGGGCAGCUGGUUGAAGCUAAGGUGAUAAUUGAUAGAGCCUCUGGAAGAUCAAAGGGGUUUGCUUUUGUAACUUAUACAACCAUAGAGGAAGCUGAAAAGGCAAGAGAAGGAAUGAACGCUAAAUUUUUGGAUGGAUGGGUUAUAUUUGUUGAUCCUGCCAAGCCAAGAGAGCCCAGACCUCCCCAGCAGUCACAGUCUCAACCCUCUGAAACAGGUUUCACUGUCAACAAAACGGUUGGGUGGUGUGGUUGAUCACUAAAGAAACUUCAAUUAUGCUCACAAGUCACGGUAUUUGGAUGAUUUUUUAAAAACUAUAAUUCAAAUCAGCCAAUUAUACUGCCAUUUGUUGAGAAAUAUUUGUAUCAGUCAGUCAGUCGUGAUUGAUGAUUGAACUGUAGCAAUAAGGCAUUAAAUUAUAUUUAUGCAAAUUUUGAUGUUUAUGGGAAAUUAAUCGUUCCUUUGCUGACGUGAUGUGAUAUUCAUCUAACUUCUUUUCCCUGGUAGUGCAUCUGCAGGGAAUUUCAUUACUAAGUUCUGUAAAAAAAAUUGUUACUAAUUAA